CUUAACGGUUGGGAUUCUACUGUGUUUUGUCCCGGCGGAAAUGGAAUUGGGCAACACUGGAUGUCCGUUUUCCCUUGUGGAGUUGUGGUUCUUGAACUGUUUUGACUGCCUUGAUGCAGAUGUAAUCUUGACAACAGCCGUGAAGUCGUGACAAGUCUUGACAACGAUCCCCAGUGGCCGUCGUCCGAUGAAACCGAGUCGGGAUCCAUCGAAUUGAGCGUUAAGGCCAGGGAUCCGGCCGAGCUCUCCUCGGUCACGAGCGAUUUUCCUCUUGCGACACUUUUCCUCGCACUUUCCAUAUUUCGCCUCGUUUCCACGACUGUCGAGGGCCGUUUUACAUGCUCGAUCAUAAUUGAUCACGAUGUCUGAAGUAUGGACGCCUUCAUGGUUUUUAAUAUGCGUUUUCUCCCGCUCCAAGUUAUGUGGAUCACACUAGUAUUGGUCUUGACUGUAUCUUCGGUUAGUUACCAGCAAGACCAAACGACAACCAAUGUGACGAAGAACCGGUUAGCGACAGUCGCUAACAAAUUUGUAAGAAGUGAGCAAACUACAGAACAUUACAAAAGUGAAAUUCUAAGUCAAGCGCCAGAUGCUAAAAUUUGCAUUGGUGUUAAUUGCAGCAAUGUGACAGACGGCUCGUUUUUAUCUGUGGAACCCACUUCAGUUGACUCAUUACUAUCAUCAUCUUUAUUAACAUCAUUAAUUCCAAGCGUGGAAACAUACAUGGGUCAAGAGAAAAAUUCCUCGGUUGUUUUGAUGUAUCACAACAGCCCAGAUCAAGACAAUUUCACAAGCAAUUACACUGUUGAUGAAGAAGAGUUUAAUAUCGGUGAGAACACAGACUCAGUAUUCAACACGGGUGUCAUCGCGGGGAUUUCAGCACUUGUCGUUGUUAUUUUGUUGUUAUUAGGAAUAGUUGGUUUCAUGAUCUACAGACAUUUCAGCUGGAACCGCCCACAGACACUUAGUGAUAAAUUCAGCAAUGAUGAAUCUACUGGAUACAUUGACGAUACUGCUUUAAGAGAAAACUCUGAAGAAAUGUAUAGCUUGGACAAUGACUCAUUCCUCAACAGCCUCGAGGCAAUGACAAUCCAGAAUUAUUGGACAGAUCAGGUCAAACACACGAAAUUGGAUCGAAGGUAUGACGGCGGAGGGGUUGAGGAAGGUGGCACCAGUAAAACAUCAUUUGCUCGAUAACUUAAAGAAUAAAAAAAAAAAAGUGAAACUUCUGCUUACAUAUCUUUAAAGAUAGUAUUUAUUUUUUUGCUUUAAGGCCACAAAGAAAUCUCAACUAGUUUAUUGUUCCUUUUAGUUUUGACGAAUAGUUAGAUUCUAUAAUGACUGAAAUGUGUUACCAUCUUAGAUCUUUCACUUUUAUAUUAUUAUUUUUUUGUUUUUAUUGCUUUGGUAUACAGACAAAAAUGUUGAACAGUAUUUACUAGUUGACCUGUUGUAUUUGUUGUAUUUGACAUAUGUUACUGUUGAAAAGCAAGGUAAAGACAAUAAUUUAUUAAUAGCACUUAAAACAAAAAUUAUUUUUAUGCAACAAAAUGUGUACUGGGUGUUUCAUACCAUCAUGUGCAUAAAUCAUAUUGUUUUAUAUGGAUUUGCAAAUAAGUAAGUAUUAUAAAAAUAAAAAUUGUUAUAAUUUGUCAUCAAAGGAAUUUUUGAUCUGUUUAAUAUUAUUUAUUUAUUAUAUGACUUUGUCUCCGUUUUUAUGUCUUUGUUGUUUUUAUUAAACUACAUGCAUGGAUUUUCAUUAUUUUAAAACUGUUAAAUUAAACUUUAUUGUUAUAAAAGAUUAUGUUACAAAAUAACAAUAAAUUAUUCUAAAUUACAUAUUUUGGCAUAAAAGCACGGAUUUUGAUGUAACUGUUUUUGUAAUUUGUUUAAAACAUUAUGAAUUUCAAUUUAAAAAUAAGAUUAUGUAUCAAUAAACAUAGUCACACUUGUUAUAUUAGUCCUCGAAAAACAUUCAAUCAAUUUUGGCAUAAAUAUAGACCGUUUUAUAGAAAUGUGAUUGGUAUGAAAACAACUCGCAAUAAUUUGUGUAAUAACACGAGGUGGAGUUUUUUUAAAUGGAUAGUUGCACAACACAUUUUUCCCGUUAGUUUAUUUGGUUUAAGAAACCAUUGUAGACUUGUUUACAAAUUUUAGAUUUGUAUUAUUAUAUAUAUUUUUUGGAUCUGGCCAUUAGAUUUCUUGGCAUUUUUUACAAUCAGUAUUUUUUUGAACAACACAAAUCGAACAUAUUAAUCACAAUCGUUAAACAAAAAACUAUAUAUUAUAUCAAAUGAUCAAAUUUAUUCUAUUCCUUCCUUUUCGAUUUAUUUAUUAAUUGAUCAAAAUUUUUGUACAAAUAUAUUUUGCAUAUCAGAUGGGAAGGGGGGAGUAUUUUUGAGCGAAAGGCCCUUUUUGUCCGGUGAGCUCAGAAGACUUUGUAAUUUUUAUGUUCGAAUUUGAGAUAAAUUGCGAUCUUAUGUUGUACAUUUUUGUAUACAUUAUCUGAAUAAUGAAUGUCCUGCUAGGACGCAAAGUUGAGUACCUGUUAAAAAAUAAAAUAAAGAGUAUUGUUUGAAACAAAUUUAAAAAAAUAUGUAAAACAUUCCAAAUGUUACUAUGGUGUUUUGUAAAAAAUAAAAAUGUAGCAUCUAUUGAGUAGAUUAAAUAUGUAACAUUCCA